AUGGGAUGUAUCCUUUUCUGCCUCCCUGGAAUUUAUAUUGCGCUUACUGGUCUUGGAGCAGGGGGUGGAAGGCCAAAGGCCCAAGAAACAGCCGCUCUCACAAACAGUAUACUUUAUGGUGUCUAUACUAUCGCAGGGUGGUGUGCAGGUCCGGUUCUUAAUCUGCUUAAGCCAAAAUGGACCAUUAUCAUAGGUGGCAUCUGCUAUCCUCUUUACGUCGGCUCACUCUGGUACUAUGAUAGAAUAGGUGGACAGGAAUUUCCUCUCACAGCCGGUGCACUCCUGGGAAUAGGUGCUGCUCUGCUAUGGACGUCUUCUGGAUUCAUCCAAUUUGCCUACCCUGAAGAAGACCAAAAGGGCAAGUACAUUACUUUGCAAUGGAUACUGUGCUCAGCAGGUAGCACGGUUGGUGCUUUGAUUGCGUUUGGUACGACGGUCAAAAACACCGAGUCUGCUGGUGUUUCAAAUGCUGUCUAUAUUGCUUGGAUAAUGAUCAUGACUGUAGCACUUGUGGCAGCAUUCUUCUUGAUAGAAGACCCUAUCAAUGUUGUGAGAGAGGGCGGGCAGCAUAUUGCGAUGUUCCAACCACCAACAUUAAAGAACGAAGUCAAAGGGAUUCUAUCCGUGAUGAUUGAUCCCAAGGUCGUGAUUCUCCUUCCGGCUAUGUUUGUUGCUGAGAUGUGUUUGGCGUUGACCAGCAGUAUAAAUGUGUAUUAUUUUAAUCUCCGAACCCGAUCCUUGAACAACCUCCUCUUUCAGGCCGUCAUGAUCCCAAGCCCACUCUUACUGGGCUGGAUCUUGGACAACAAGAGAAUCCAAUCGAGAAAGUUACGCGGAGCCAUGGGAACUGCCUACGUUGCAGUGAUCACUAUAGGCGCAACAUGUGGUCUACUCGCCUGGACCCUUGAAAACAACAUUAGCCGCUCGAACGACUCCCGGGCAGUGGAUUGGAAAGACAGUGCUUUUGCUCCGGGCGUCGUGCUUUAUCUUCUGUUUGGAGUCAUCUACGCUUGUUUCCAAAUCAUCGUCCAGUGGACGCUCGCCGCGCUCACAAACGACCCUGCUCUUUGCGCCAGGUAUGCCGGGGCUUUCAAGGGUACCGUCAGUCUAGGAAUGUGUGUUUCGUUUACCGUUGACUCCCAAGGAAUGUCCUUCAGGAACCAGAUCAUCAUGCAGCUGACUCUCUAUGCCUCGGGCGUUUUUUGUUUGUUCUACGUGGUGCUCGUAUACGUGAGACAGACCAACUAUUUUGUUGAAGAAGGUGUCAUUGUGCCCACUGGUGCUGAAAACGCACUUGAAUGCGGAGAGGAGAUGGAUAAGAAACAGAAAGACUAA